UUUUUUAGAAAUUCAAGAUUUUCUUUAAUUUCCCGCCUAAAGCCUCUCCACGGUAGGGACGCAUCCCCUGUCAUAAAAUGAAUUCUGAUUCGAGCUCUGUCUCCAGCAGAGCUUCAUCUCCGGACAUGGAUGAGAUGUAUCUGAGGGAUCACCACCACCGACACCACCACCACCAGGAGAGCCGUCUGAACUCGGUCUCUUCCACGCAGGGCGACAUGGUGCAGAAGAUGCCCGGGGAAAGCCUCUCGCGGGCCGGCUCCAAGGCCGCGGGGGAGAGCAGCAAGUACAAAAUCAAGAAGCAGCUGUCGGAGCAGGAUCUACAGCAGUUGCGGCUCAAGAUCAACGGGCGAGAGCGCAAGCGGAUGCACGACCUGAACCUCGCCAUGGACGGGCUGCGCGAGGUCAUGCCCUAUGCGCACGGGCCCUCGGUGCGAAAGCUCUCCAAGAUCGCCACUCUGCUGCUGGCCAGAAACUACAUCCUCAUGCUCACCAGCUCCCUGGAGGAGAUGAAGAGGUUGGUGGGAGAGAUCUACGGGGGCCACCACUCGGCCUUCCACUGCGGGACGGUGGGCCACUCGGCCGGCCACCCCGCGCACGCCGCCAACGCCGUGCACCCGGUGCACCCCAUCCUGGGCGGCGCGCUGUCGUCGGGCAAUGCCUCGUCGCCGCUGUCGGCCGCCUCGCUGCCAGCCAUCGGCACCAUUCGGCCUCCCCACUCGCUGCUCAAGGCACCCUCCACGCCGCCCGCGCUGCAGCUGGGCAGCGGCUUCCAGCACUGGGCCGGGCUGCCCUGCCCCUGCACCAUCUGCCAGAUGCCGCCGCCGCCGCACCUGUCCGCUCUCUCCACAGCCGAAGAUGGCAGCUCUUUAGUUGAAUACAAACUAUUUGCAAGAAUUAUGGGGUGA